CAUCACCACCACCAGCACCACCACCAUCACCAUCACUAUCACCACACCUCCAUCACUAUGGUCACUGUGACUGAGCCCAUCCUCACUACUGUCAUCAGCACUGUCACAGCACCAUGCUGACAAGCCCACAGUGGGUUUGAGGGCUGCCAUUGCUUGGGACUAGUUCCUCAGGCACAGGAGGCUCCACGCUGGUCUGAUUGCAUUGGAGGGGAUGCCUGACAAAGGUUUUGCUGUGGUUUCCAGGCGGUGCCUUCGAGACUGGCUCAGCCUCCAUCUUCGAUGGGUCCUCCCUGGCUGCCUAUGAGGACAUGCUGGUUGUGAUCGUCCAGUACCGGCUGGGAAUAUUUGGCUUCUUCACCACAUGGGAUCAGCAUGCUCCCGGGAACUGGGCCUUCAAGGACCAGGUGGCUGCUCUAUCCUGGGUCCAGAAGAACAUCGAGUUCUUCGGUGGGGACCCCAGCUCUGUGACCAUCUUUGGCGAGUCCGUGGGAGCCAUAAGUGUUUCCAGCCUUAUGCUGUCUCCCAUGGCCGAAGGCUUAUUCCACAAAGCCAUCAUGGAGAGUGGGGUGGCCAUCAUCCUUUACCUGAAGGCCCAUGAUUAUGAGAAGAGUGAGGACAAAACAAAGGCUUUCACUCAAGUGGUUGAUGGUGCUUUCUUUCCUAAUGAGCCUCUAGAUCUAUUGUCUGAGAAAGCAUUUAAAGCAAUUCCUUCCAUCAUCGGAGUCAAUAACCCCAAGUGUGGCUUCCCGCUGCCUAUGAAGGAGGCUCCUGAGAUUCUCAGUGGCUCCAACAAGUCCCUUGCCCUCUGUCUGAUACAAAACAUCCUGCACAUCCUGCCCAAUUGUUUGCACCUUGUGGCUAGUGAAUACUUCCAUGACAAGCGCUCCCUGACUGAAAUCCGAGACAGUCUUCUGGACUUGCUUAGAGAUGUGUUCUUUGUGAUCCCUAAGCUGAUCACAGCUCGGUAUCAUAGAGGUGAGUCUCUGAGCACCCCGCUUCAGGACCACAGCCCAGCGAGGUUGAUGGCCAAGGAGAUCCAUGUUGUCUACUGACUGGCUGCCUCCUCUGCCUCUGUUUCCUCAUGGAGAGGGCAUUCCCAGGUGUGUGUGGAUGGAACUGUACCAUGGUGACCUGUGCCAUUCACCUGCCUUUCAGAGUCUGGGAAUGUUGAUCAGUUGUUGUUUCUGUUCCUGCCUGCUCUUCAGGACCAGGUAGAAAAUUCCCAUUCUCCCUAUAAUUUUCUGGGGGCCGUCCCCCAGGAUUUUUUCUUUCUGGAAAUGUCUUCCCCAACAUCUUAGCCAUACGUAGUAAUGGAACAAACAUUUUAGCCAUAAGGAGUAAUGGAACUCCUAAAGUAAUAGACUUUAAAUCAACUAUUUUAAAUGCAGCCAAUACUCCACCCUGUAAUAUCAGAUUCCACAUUCUUCUCAAGUGCACAUGCAAUAUCCUCCAGAAUAAGCCAUAUGUUAGGCCACCAAACAAAUCCCAAUAAAUAUAAAAGGAUGGAAAUCAUGCAGAGUAUCUUCUUCAACCACAAGAGAAUGAAAUUAGAAAUCAAGAACAAAAGGAAAUCUGGAAAAUUCACAAAUAUUUAUAAAUAAAAUGGCAUACUUUUUUAAAUUUUAAAAAUUGUGGUUAAAUAUGCUUAAUAAAACAUUUACCAUUUUAACCA